AUGGGCUGCUGGUUUAACAUUUGCGGGGCUGAACCCCGGUCUUGGCUGGUGGCUUCCCAUGUCAGCAAGGAUGAUGGUUCUGCUUCAGAAAGUAUAUCCGAUGGUGCUGACCUUUCGGAUUAUUUCAACUACGGGUUCAACGAGGAGACCUGGAAAGCGUACUGCGAGAAGCAGCGCCGGCUCCAACUUGGCUUGGAGUCUUCCGUCCCGGUCAGCACCGAGAACAAAAUCACGGUCCAGCAAGGAAGAACAGGCAAUGCAGAAAAGGAACCAGAGAACAACGUCAUCAAAAUGGAUUUUAAGACGGAUUUUGUGGCCCUGGUAGGCGGGCGGAUAAAAGCCGGGCCUCCCCCAAACAGGAAGCUGGGUGGCACCAUUGACGUCAUUGGUGGACAGGCGGGCACCAUCAGGCGGGUCGAAGGAAGGCGGCGCGAUAAACAUGCCUCGGAGGAAAAUCCCAUUCAGGUACUUGGGGACCACGGGAGCAAAACGCAGCCUCCGCAGCCGCCCCAACAAGCAUCACAGCCACAACAACCACCUCAGCAACAGACAUUUGCACCUCCAGCGGGUCCUCUGCCUCCAAUAAGCGGUCCUCCACCACCCCACUUUCUCCAUCCUCCUCCGCCUCCGGUUACUUCCGUCCCACCGCCUCUCCAUCCUCCAGGUUUACCACCGCCUGGCCCCAUCCCAGGGCUGUUUCCUCCACCUCUUGCUCCACCGCCAGCUCUUCUGAUUCCAACACUCGAUGGCCAGCCUGCCAGCUACAACAACAGGCAGCCACCUCCAUUUGGCUACAACUCCACAGAUUCAGGUUUUAUCAGCUACCCUCCUAUUUCUACAUCUCACACACCGUGGGUGACUACGGUGGACAAGGGCUCCAGCGCUUCUGACAGUGGUCACUGGGAGUACUCUAGCUCACGGCGGGAGAGGGAAAGAGACCGCGAUCGGACACCCACCACCAGCGAAUAUAACAAUGAUGACGAGAGGUAUCGUUACUAUAGCCGGGAGCGCAGUUAUGAUUUCGAGAGGGACUAUCAUAGGAGUAGAGAUCGCAGCCGCGAGAGAGAAGAUCGCCACCGGGAGCGAAGGCACAGAGACAAAGAGGAGGGCAGCAAACACAAAUCAUCACGGCGUAAGCAGCAUGAAAACGAAGAAGGAGAAAGCCACCGGCGUCACAAGCACAAAAAGAACAAGCGGAGUAAGGAAGAGAAGGAGACGAACGAGGAUGGUGUCGCAGAGGGAAAUGGACAGGACUCCAAGGAGUAGCCAAUCUGUGUUCCAAAAACAGUCGAGGCACCUAUCCAGCCAGGGAGCCCACCUCCUGUAUUUUCUGAGGGACUUCAUAUUUUCUGAGAAAAUGGCUGAGACGGCGGGAGCCUGGAUGCCCAACAUGAGAAGCCAGACCAGACUUGCAGUUAAGACUCUUUGGAAAGAAGAGGGGGGAAAUUGGACAGCAAACAAAGCACCGAAAACUGUUCCACAUGCAGGUAAACUCCGUUGUGUCAGAUCCUAUGGCUUCUGAUGGGAGACAGCUCGAGCAACGAAUGCAUUUAGAGUCUAGGACAAUAUUUGGCAAUUGACAGUUAUUUUGAAGACGUAGGACAGGAAGUGCACUGUGGAGAAACGUUAGGACCUCCUGGCAGCCAGCUCCUAAGCUAGUCCCAUUUUUCCCCCCUUGUUCAUUUCUUGUCAAUGUGAAAAUCCACUUUGCUCAAAGAAAGUAUGGUGGAAAAGGAGGACUUACCAUGGACACACCACCGACUGACAGGUUUAUACGAGAGGCAGAUUUGUACCCAGGCAAGUUGGACCUGGCAAGUGUUCCACAGGCUUCCUUAUGAACUCAACAUGAACACCAUCUUGGAAAGCUUGCCUUAAGUAGUUUAGUACAAACUACUUACUGUAGCUGCCAAAAGCCUCCUCCUCUUUCAGUCCUUUGAGGAUAAAGGUCCUAAGUCACUGAUACACACUUUUUGUAGCUCUUAAAACACUAAGUGUAGCCAUAUUCUAUGUUGUUUUUGGUUUCCUUCGAAAAGAACAAGAACACAUCAUCAGAUCCUAAACUUUGCGCACAUCCCUUCUUUUUAAAUUAUCUUCCACCCGCAGGAAAUAUUUAAAAACACUUCCAAAAUUUGUUUUGAACUUUAUACUUUUUUGUUUUGUUUUGUUUGUAUUGUAGUCAGGCAAGUUUGAGUGUUUGUAUGAAAUCAAUGACUUUGGAAACUUGAGCCAGUAUGCCAUUGAAUGUUGGUUGUAUGCUAUGAGUGGGUCAGUAACCGGAAAAAGUGGGAAAUAAAGCAAUUCUUUUUUUCAAAA